AUGGCUUCAACGGCCUCCUUGUCGAAUUUGUCAUUAGACUCCCUUAUUCUAGAAACACCUCCUGAGAAGAAACAGUCAAUUUUUAGAAGGAUUUUCACAAUUAUCUCGACACAAUGGACUCGUACCUACCGAGAAACAUGGUCAGAUUUGCGCUCUGUCAGAUGGGCGCGUGGAGGACUUUGGACGCUUUUUACCUUAUGGACUAUGGCGGUGUUGGGUUUCUUCGUCUUUAUCACCCUAUAUAACUCGAUUGAUUUCUAUAUCUAUGGUGGAUCAGCAUGCAGGACUGACGGUUCGUUUGUAAUUGAUACAUCUGACUAUAGCAUAUGGACAUCGUCGAGCUUCUUCGAUAUAAGCUUAGGCUUUGGGAACCUAACUUUUGCGGAGGCGAAAGUUAUUGACAUAUCAUGGGAUAUAGUAAUUGGGCGCGGAGGACAGGCACUUAUGGCAUUUAUGUCUUGGCGAGUAUUUGCCGACUAUGUGACCACUUCGAUGGAGUUUGCGCCUGUGACGUUCACAGUUUUUUCCAUUAUAUUCCUACAGGAUGAGCCAUCCUUCUUUUCGACAAUAAGCAUCAUUCGGGCUUUCAUCUCCGGAAGGGGUCUUAAAUCUAAAGUAGCUAUGGUUUUCAUGGUCCUAACCAUGGUAUUCAUCAUAGCAUGGCCAACAGUUGCUGGCGCAAUGACUGGAUAUACUACUAUCGGUAAAGCGUUUGUCCCAGAUAUCGACAAUAAUUACAUUUCAUACUCGUCUUUCAAACCACUGGCAUAUAUCGUCCAUGACGGAGGGAGAGUUAAUCUCACCAGCAAUUAUAUAUCUUUUGUCCCCGAACAGAGUCAUAAGGAAUCGAUAUUCUAUUAUGGCAGCUAUUUCGACACUUGCUAUUUUAAAGACGAUUACAUAGAAUCCGACUGUUGGUUACAGUCUAAUGUAUCUACCUAUGUAGCUUCGUACGGGUUCUAUGGCCUAAAAAAUACACCAUCUCGCUGGAUGAAUACGACUAUCCCGAGCCCGACGCUGAAUAUAUCGGCCUUUUAUAUACCAGAUUUCAGUCGUUUUUAUGGAUUUAACUGGUCCGGCGACCCAGGGACGGGACAUACACAUGAAUUCGCAAAUAGAUCAAAUAUGGCCUUCUUCUAUUCUAACAACACAUAUAGUCUUGACUACGUUACUACCAAUGGUAGAUGUCAGCCUAUACAAGAUCGGUUUAAAUGGGGAUUUUCGUGUAUACAAUUAUUUCUCGUGCUGGCAUUCUUGUCCAUCGAAACGAUUGGAAUUUACCUGCUACGGCUUAAGGCCCAAUUUCAAUUACCCCUCCAGGGAGAAGUCGAGACAUAUAGAGGCUGGAGAGCGGUUUUGACCAACAGCUCAAGGUUGCAAUUAGGAAACAGCUCCGAGGCGGCUCAAUCUCGUUCGACGCUCCACUCACCAGAAGCGGAUAUAGCUUCCGCCAUGGCACGUGGCAAUGGUUAA